AUGCGGGGAUCUGAGGCAUCGGUGCCCGGUGCUUUUUGGGAUGCUCCCUCGACCCUUGCGACUUCCAUUGGAACGAGCCUUCCAUCUUCUCAAACGAACAUCCAUACGUCGCCUAUAUUCGACCAGCAACAUGUCGCAACGAAACUUGCACGUGGGAUGCCAGAGGCAUCUUGGGAUCAGGGCAAUGAUGGUGCGAUAAGUGUCAGUGGUAACUCGACCGGGAAGGGUAUUUUGAUCGGUGUUUUAUCCGCCUUUGGCUCGGCAGCAGUCGCGGUGCUCGUACUUGCGGCUUUCUUCUUUUUCAAGUAUACCCAGCGUGGUCGGAUUCUUCUAGAUCGUAUGGGCCGCCCGGGUGAAUUCGACGAUGAGCAGGCAUUUUUGCGCGAAGAGGCCGAGGCCCUCGAAGUUAUGGAUGACCUGUCGAGGUCGGAGUACUUGAGGUCGAAGGCGUUUGUCGAAGCCAAUCCGCCCCAGUCAACGCAGACCGACAUUUCGUUAUCCCAGUUCCUCGCGAUUCAAGAAAAGGGCGUCUCAGCGUGGGAGUUCCAGCCGGAACUAGAAAUAGCCAAUUGUUUUGUGGAAGGUCGAACAGAGAUCGAGUUCUACGAUUCAAUAUGCAGUGUUCAAACGAACCUACCGGUUCCUAAACAGAACGACGUUUACUAUUGGGAGGCAAAGAUCUAUGACAAGCCCGAGACUAGCCUUAUCAGCAUCGGCAUGUCUACGAAGCCAUAUCCUCUAUUCAGAUUACCUGGUUACCACAAAGCAUCAGUUGCAUAUGAGUCCACCGGCCAUCGGAGGUAUAAUCAGCCCUUUACUUCGCUACCGUAUGGACCUCAACUCACACAAGGCGAUGUUGUUGGAGUCGGGUACCGUUCCCGGUCUGGGACAAUAUUCUUUACUCGCAAUGGCAAGAAGCUGGAAGACGUGGUUCACGGCCAGAAAUCGCAAAAUUUCUUCCCUACGGUCGGGGCUACUGGACCCUGCACUGUACACGUGAACUUUGGUCAGAUGGGAUUCGUAUUCAUCGAGGCCAAUGUCAAAAAAUGGGGUCUGGCGCCAAUGACUGGUAGCCUAGCACCUCCUCCACCCUAUGGAAGUGAACAAGGCAGCAUUCUUCUCGAGUCCGGCCGAGAAAGUGCCGCCCACUUGGCGCAUCGGGUCUACCAAGACCCCAGCUAUGCGCAAACAAGCUCAACUGUUCGGAUACCACCAGCCGUCAGUCCUGGGCCUAUCCGAUCACCAACCGAUAUCUCCCUCGCCCCGCUCGCGCACAUCCCCUCACAUGAAGAUGCCGGAGAAGGGUCAAGUCGAACAGGUGCCAGCAAUCCUGAGCAGGUCCCUCUAAUCACUUCGGAUGAGUUGGAGCAGGUUCCACCCCCGGAAUAUACCAGCCCUGAUGGGAGCCCGAGAACCAGCCGAGACUUCCCUCGUGAGGAUCAACCGCCUAUUCCCAGCUACGAUGCUGCUGUCGGCAAUCCAGAUGACAACGACUCGCGCACACACUAA